AUGGGGUAUGUUGGAGAUAAGUUCACUUGGUUUAGGGGUGGACUGAAGGAACGCUUGGACAGGGCUGUUACAAACGUUGAAUGGAUGGGUAUGCAUCCGUAUGCAGGUUUGUGUAACUUGGAGAUGGGGAAAUCUGACCAUAGACCCAUCUUGCUAGACACUGAAUAUCUCUCUGGAGUCGUGGAGAACAGGCCCAAGUUCAAGCACCAGUUUGAGGCCAGAUGGCUAGAAGAGGAAACUGUCGAAGAAGUUGUAAGGACAGCUUGGCAAAAGGCUGUGCAGCAAGGCUUGCACCCAUCUGUGAAAGGAAAAAUUGACUCAGUCCAUUGUGACUUGCAUGAUUGGGAUAGAAAGACUUUGAAAGGGCCUAGAGCCCGACUUAACAAAGCUCAGAAGGAGUUGGAGGCACUCAUGCAGGCACCAUAUACGGAGGAGGGUAGGGCGAAGCAGAAAGAACUCUCGGUCCUCAUUGAAAAUCUACUGGACCAGGAAGAAAUCUUCUGGGCCCAGCGUGGUAGGACUGUUAAAACACGUGUAACGCCUGAGAUGAACAGCAUGUUAACAGCUCCAUACACCCGAGAUGAGGUCAAAAAAGCACUAUUUCAAAUUGGAGACAUGAAGGCACCGGGGCCGGACAGUUUACAUGCAGUCUUUUACAAGAGCCCGGUCCGCAUUGAAGAGGCCUCGCCCACCUACCUGCCUUUUUCAUCGCGUGGAGAGGGAGUUCGCUUGCUGUUGCUGCCUUCCUUCCUUCCUUCCUCCCUGCCUGCAGAGUGGCAGUGGAGAGAGAGAGGAGCGCAACAGAAAGAACGCGCACCCACUCCUCCCACUCCUCGCGGGCCGGCAACCCGCCUCCUCGCUCCCUCCGCCUCGGAUUCUCCGGCCGCCCGCCGCAUUCCCCCGCCGGCCCAGCGAAAAGAGAGUUAUCCCAUGAGGAAUUUUCGAGGUCAUAACCCUGAGAAAGGGAUGGUUCAUCCUCGCAAGCGUUCAAGAAAGAGGCUUAUUACCAGUGACAGUGAUGAUGAUGAUGACUAUACUGACAAGGAUUACUCAAUUGAAGAAGACACAUCAAAGCAGCUUGUCCUUUAUGAUCCGCAGACCACACGUCGCCAGCGGAGGGAAUUCCAGUUAGAUGAGCCCAUAUAUGACUCUACUCCACUGCAGCAAAUACCCCCGAAGACAAAGUAUGGUGGACACUCCAGAGUUUUACCAUCUAUUGGGCACUAUACUGUACAGUGCGCUCAGUGCUUCAAAUGGAGGGUCGUUCCAACAAAGGAGAAAUAUGAAGAGCUGCGUGAGACUAUUUCCGAGGAACUUUUUGUGUGUGCAAGGGCUCGUGAAUGGAACCGUGUUUUAUCAUGUGAUGACCCAGAAGAUAUGUCACAAGAUGGAAGUAGGGUGUGGGCAAUUGACAAGCCAAACAUUGCCCAAACUCCUGUUGGCUGGAAUAGGGAGGUCAGAAUCAGGGGGGAGGGUUGCAGCAAGUUUGCAGAUGUGUAUUACACUUCUCCGGCUGGGACAACGUUGAGGUCAAUGGUUGAAAUUGAGAGGUACUUGGCAGAGAAUCCAUUCUACGUUCGACAAGGGGUUUAUUUAGGCCAGUUCUCGUUUGCUACCCCAAAGCCUCUGCAAGAAGAUUAUGUCAGGAAGCGUAAAUAUUCAGCAACAACUCGUGAAUUACCGGACAUUCUUGAGCCAGUUGAAGUGAAUCCACUGUGCUGGGCAGCACCUCCUACUCGCAGAGAGCUGCUUCAGAUGGGGGCUUCAGCUUCGAACCCCGUCGACCUCGACAACGAGCCUGAGGUGUUUGAAGCAGCACCUGUGCACACCAACAGGAGAAAUCUGAAUCAAGCAGUGCCGUCAUGGAGCGGGCGCAAGAAGAGAGCGGCGUCGUCUGAAGAGCCCAAGAAGAGAACCAUGCAGCAAGCUUCGGCGUCGAUCCGUCCACCGUCUCCACCCAGCUGGCCACGCCGCGGCCAGCCUCAGCGGUUCCCCAGCGACGUCGAGCACGUGCUGCUGUGAGCCCGGAGGCGGCGGCUUCCUCCGGGUCUUCCUGUGGGUUUGGUUUCAUUUUGUCCUCGGCGAACGUCGAAUCGAGGAGUCACGAUGGACGUGGUUGAUCAGAUCGGAUCGGAUGCCCGAAGCAUCGAGUUUUGGUGUUGUGAAUAUGAUGCCCAAGGCAAUGGCUUAGGCCGUAGUAUCCCCCAGAUAUAGGUUCGGUAGCUGGUUUGAGACUUGUUAGGACGUGUUGCUUGUACUGCAUAUAUAUAUGUAUGCUCCUAUGGUAUGGUAUGGUAUGGUAUGGUGGGACUAGGUGUGCCUU